CUCUCCUCUCAUCUCUCUCUCUCUCUCUCUCUCUUUCUGUGGCGUCUCGACCGUGCUUUCUUUUUCCUCAUCUCAUUAAUUAAUUUUAAUUCCUCAGCAGAUUUUCAGGGAAAAGUUAGCUGGGAUGUGAAUUGUAGCUGAGAAACAAUCUCCAGAUUUAAUUAGGAGUAUCUGAGAGCUGAGAUAUAUAAUGGAAAUGAUUACAUACGAGCAAGAUCCUGAAUUUAUUCAGUGGGGUAUGCUAUUGUUCCCUUGCAAUCCAUAUGCCAAUUUUGGAUGCUGUGGAGUUGUUGCACAAGACGAUGGAGGGGAGUAUUAUCCUGAGCAGUACUUCAAGGAGGACCAUUAUGACUGUAAUGUAGAGAAUGAUGAGUUAAUUGCACAUGCUCUUCAACAUGAACUGUCACAACUUGCAGUUGUUGAAGAACAGGGAUCUCCAAAUGGAGGGGAAGAGGAGUUGCAAUUGUCUAGUUACCAACAAGAUUGGCUUGGACAGUCUAUGGGAAACUAUGGCUCUGGGCAGGAUUGUGUCCAGGAAGAGCAGGAUGAUAUGGGACCUUCUAGUUCGUGUUCUAGUCCUGAAGAAAACUUGUAUUGUGAGGAGGAUUGGUUGUGUUCACUAGAGCUGACAGACGAGUAUGCUCUAGAUGGUGAAGUCGGAAAAAGGCUGAAUCAGAUGGUUCCAGUGCCACACAUUCCAAAAAUCAAUGGAGAAAUACCCUCAGUUGAUGAAGCCACCUUGGAUCAUCAGAGACUGCUUGAAAGAUUGCAGGUGUACAAUUUGAUUGAGCUUAAAGUUCAAGGAGAUGGUAAUUGCCAGUUUCGUGCUCUUUCUGAUCAAUUCUAUCGAACCCCUGAGCACCAUGAAUUCGUGAGGCAACAAGUUGUAAAUAAGCUUAAGUCUUGUCCAGAGAUAUAUGAAGGGUGUGUUCCCAUGGCUUAUAGUGACUACCUAGACAAGAUGUCCAGGAAUGGUGAAUGGGGUGAUCAUGUCACUUUGCAGGCUGCUUCAGAUUCGUAUGGUGUUAAAAUAUUUGUCAUAACAUCUUUCAAGGACACAUGCUACAUUGAGAUUCUUCCAAAUGUCCAAAAGUCAAAACGAGUAAUAUUUUUGAGCUUCUGGGCUGAAGUGCACUACAACUCAAUAUAUCCUUUGGGGGGUAAUAAUCUGCUCCUUUACUUUUAAAAGUUGUUCCUUCCUAAAGCAAUAAUGCAAACAAAAAUGAGAAGUAUAUGUUGUAGGGAAUGCAGCUUGCAAAACUGUCUGUGUAACUGUGUUCAAAUGGCAAAGAUCACUUUAGGUAUAGGUCAUUUCUCUCUAGUAAAGUGUCUGGAUAGGGCAGUAACAGUUGCAUUCUAGACUUUGGAUGCAGGUAUGUAACAGAAGGGGUAAACAGCUUUUCUCUUCUAUUAUUGCAUGGCAUGGGGAUAGAAACAUGACCAAAUGUCCAAAUAUUCGUUUAUUGCUCACUGUUACAGUUUCAACUUGGUGGUCAAAGUGAAGUUGGGUUAGAUGUAGGCAGAUAGAAACUGUGCUCCUUUCUUGCUUUCUUGGGACAGAGGAUUGGUCAUUUUGUUGAUAAUAAACCGUGCUCCAUUUAUAUCCAUUUGCAAAAUCAACUAUAAUCCAUGUUACAUGGUUUUAUAAUCCAGAUGUGCCGGCAUUUGGGACCAAGAAGAAGAAAAGGUGGCGGAAGAUGUUCCGCAACAAGCAUUCGGAGUUACCAGAUGAAUACUGAGAAUGUGGUCCUAAUGGAUUUUAAUUUGUGGGUAUGUAUGUUUACUGCAUUUGCUAGAAGUUGCAUCGGUGGGACAGUUAUUUUCUUCCGCAUUCCAGUUAGAAUGGAUUUCAAGGAUAAAUAUAAAACGAAAAGCAGGAACGCCCUCUUCCUUCGACACUCUGUAUGAUUUGUACAUGUCCUUCCAUUUGAUGCUGAUCUUCCCUCAUUUAUUUGAUUUUAUUUUAUUUUUUCAAAAUGACUCUAUAUGCAUUAACUAAAAUCACUUGUUAGAG